AUAUGACCGACUACUAUCAGCUUAUGUCAUCAAUUCCCUGAUUACCCAAUAUUUCCUCAAAAGGGCAAAAUCGUCACUUAAAUAAACAUGUGAAGCCUAUAGUUUGUCGUAGUCAUCAAUGUAAUUAUGGUGAAAUCCGUGGCUAUUUUUAAAGUUCGACAUGCAUAAAAUGGCCCUCUGAAACCCCAUUUGAAAUCAUCCUCACUGAAAAAUGCAGAGAAGUUCAAGAAUGGGAAGCGUCGGCGUAUUGCUGGCGCUGUUUUGUGUGGUUACCAGCCACCUUGCCUCAGCCUUUACUGACGGAUUACUAGGCAAUGGCAACUUUGAAAAGGCACCUAAGUCGUCGGACAUGAAAGGAACUGUAGUGCUAAAAUCCAAUGCAAUACCAGAAUGGGAAAUUUCUGGCUUUGUUGAGUACAUAAAGGCAGGGCAAAAGCAAGGUGACAUGCUGCUAGUGGUUCCUGAGGGCUAUGCUGCAGUUAGGCUAGGAAACGAGGCGUCGAUAAAGCAAAAAUUAAAUGUUACGCCAGGAAUGUACUAUUCGUUGACGUUUUCUGCUGCCCGUACGUGUGCACAGGACGAGAAGCUGAAUGUGUCCGUGGCACCAGAUUCUGAUGUGCUACCAAUUCAAACAGUGUAUAAUAGUGAAGGUUGGGACUUGUAUGCUUGGGCAUUUCGAGCAUCCUAUAGCGUGGCUGUGAUAAUACUCCAUAAUCCAGGAGUCGAGGAAGAUCCAGCGUGUGGACCACUGAUUGAUUCAAUUGCCAUUCGAGCUCUUUAUCCUCCUAAAGCAACUAACAAAAACCUAUUGAAAAAUGCAGACUUCGAAGAAGGUCCUUAUUUAUUGCCUAACACAAGUUGGGGAGUCCUUAUCCCACCUAACAUCGAGGAUGAUAACUCUCCUUUACCGGCCUGGACUGUUGAAUCUCUCAAAGCUAUCAAAUACAUCGAUUCUGAUCAUUUCUCGGUACCACAAGGCAAACGAGCAAUCGAACUCGUUGGUGGAAGGGAAAGUGCCAUUGCACAAGUGGCACGGACCAUUGUUGGGAAAACAUAUGAACUCACAUUUGCCAUAGGAGAUGCUAGCAACUCUUGUGAAGGAUCCAUGAUUGUUGAAGCAUUUGCCGGCAGUUACACAAUUAAGGUUCCUUAUGAAUCCAAAGGAAAAGGCGGGUAUAAACGUGCUGUGCUUCGUUUUAAAGCUGUUGAUAUUAGAACCCGUGUCAUGUUCUUUAGCACUUACUACCAUACAAGCAGCAAAGAUUUUGCUUCGCUUUGUGGCCCUGUCGUCGAUGAUGUGAAGCUGCUGAGCGUUCGUAAUCCACGGAGACUUGUGUGAUUGAACUAAACUUAAUGGCCUAAAUCUUUGAUCUAUACUAGAAUAUUUUUGGCUGUGAGGAAAAGAGUGAUGUUUGAUUGUACUUGCAAUUUACUAUUAGCAAUACUUCCAUACAAUUUCAGUAUUAUAAUAUAUAUACAGAUGAGUGUGACUAUUGUUGAAUGAUUUUGCAGCAUAAUAAACUAAAAAGAAAGUAAUUGGGAUGUUAA